AUGGAGUCCAGCCGACUAAACUGUUGCGAAUUACCUCUUUGAUUUCAUCCCAAGAAUCACCGAGGAAAAGAAGUCAAGAGACAGAGACAGGGAAAGAGAGGGAGAAAAAGAGCAAGCUUUCUUACUCAGGGGGGAAAACGUGAGCUUCAACAUGGCCUCGCUGUGAUAUGUAUGACGUUGCUGAUCACUGGAGAUUCCAUCGUUAGUGCUGAGGCAGUAUGGGAUCACGUCACCAUGGCCAACCGGGAGUUGGCAUUUAAGGCUGGCGACGUCAUCAAAGUCUUGGAUGCUUCCAACAAGGAUUGGUGGUGGGGCCAGAUCGACGAUGAGGAGGGAUGGUUUCCUGCCAGCUUUGUGAGGCUCUGGGUUAAUCAGGAGGAUGGAGUAGAGGAAGGAGCGAGUGAUGUGCAGAAUGGGCACCUGGACCCCAACUCGGACUGCCUUUGUCUGGGCCGGCCACUACAGAACCGGGACCAGAUGCGGGCCAAUGUCAUCAAUGAGAUUAUGAGCACUGAACGUCAUUACAUCAAGCACCUGAAAGAUAUUUGUGAGGGUUAUCUGAAGCAAUGCCGGAAGAGAAGGGACAUGUUCAGUGAUGAGCAACUGAAGAUAAUCUUUGGAAACAUUGAAGAUAUCUACAGAUUUCAGAUGGGCUUCGUGAGAGACCUGGAAAAACAAUACAACAAUGAUGACCCACAUCUCAGUGAAAUAGGACCCUGCUUCCUGGAGCAUCAAGAUGGAUUCUGGAUAUACUCUGAGUACUGUAACAACCAUCUGGACGCCUGCAUGGAGCUCUCCAAACUGAUGAAGGAUAGCCGCUACCAACACUUCUUUGAGGCCUGUCGCCUCUUGCAGCAGAUGAUUGACAUUGCUAUAGAUGGUUUCCUUUUGACACCAGUGCAGAAGAUCUGCAAGUAUCCCUUACAAUUAGCUGAACUCCUAAAGUAUACUGCCCAGGAUCACAGUGACUACAGAUAUGUGGCAGCUGCUCUGGCUGUAAUGAGAAAUGUGACUCAGCAGAUCAAUGAGCGCAAACGGCGUUUGGAGAAUAUUGACAAGAUUGCUCAGUGGCAAGCCUCUGUCCUAGACUGGGAGGGUGAGGACAUCCUAGACAGGAGCUCGGAACUGAUCUAUACUGGGGAGAUGGCCUGGAUCUACCAGCCCUAUGGCCGCAACCAGCAGCGGGUCUUCUUCCUGUUUGACCACCAGAUGGUCCUCUGCAAGAAGGACCUGAUCCGGAGAGACAUUUUAUACUAUAAAGGGCGUAUUGAUAUGGAUAAAUAUGAAGUAAUUGAUAUUGAAGAUGGUAGAGAUGAUGACUUUAAUGUCAGCAUGAAGAAUGCCUUCAAACUUCACAACAAGGAAACAGAGGAGAUGCAUUUGUUCUUUGCCAAGAAGCUAGAGGAAAAGAUACGCUGGCUCAGAGCUUUCAGAGAAGAAAGGAAAAUGGUACAGGAAGAUGAAAAAAUUGGAUUUGAAAUUUCUGAAAACCAGAAGAAGCAGGCUGCAAUGACGGUGAGAAAAGUUUCUAAACAGAAAGGUGUCAACUCUGCCCGCUCAGUUCCUCCUUCAUACCCACCACCACAGGACCCAUUAAACCAGGGCCAAUACCUGGUCCCAGAUGGCAUCGCUCAGUCACAGGUCUUUGAGUUCAGCGAACCCAAGCGCAGCCAGUCACCAUUCUGGCAGAACUUCAGCAGGUUAACUCCCUUCAAAAAAUAAUACUUACAGGGAGGCAGAUAAUUUUAAAAUAAAGUAAAUUAUAUUUAUAGAUGGACCUUUUUUUUCGGAGAAACACUGUUGAAAUUUAUAUACAUAUAUGUAUCUCUAUAUAUGUAUAUAUAUAUAUGGACAUAAAAUAGACCCUCGAGUGUACACACACACAAACACACAGAAGGAGCAAAAACAUUUUCUUUUGGGGGAAAUUAAAUCUGUAGUCGUAGAAAGGUACCAAUAACAUCUAAACUAAUGACCGUUUCUUCACAAGUUUUCCAUUCUCACCCUGACCUCCUUGCAUUUGCUUUUAGAAACUAAUAGCUCUAUUUCUUUGUUUUUCAGUUAAUAUAAUUUCUUUACUCCCUGUGAGUGAUUCAUGACUUGUCAUUAAUACCAUAGAUGUGUUUGUAUUGGCUUCUAGUUUUCUGAUGAUAGUAUGCUAAUGAGUUUUAAAUUAAUUUGAUGUGAAAUUUGAAAGUUUGAAUCUUUUCCCCCUUUCACUUUUCAGUGGAUAAAGGGAAUAUUCUCCUUUUCCUCUCCCUCAGCCAAUUCUCUGCAGAUAUUUCUGCAGCAUUGCUGUUGCUCUGAACAUUUUUCCUGCAUCUUCUCAGUUGCAUCGGUCUAGACAUGCUUCUUUGUGCCCUGUGACAGCUGCUUGAUAUUUCUAUUGCUUUCACUAUGUUUUAGUUGUUGUAAAAGGCCGUAAACCAACCAGAAAAGAGGUAAUAUAUGUUUAUAAUGUCAGAGUAUAAAGAAUCUGGAGAGGAAUGAUGUGCAGGCAACUUUCUGCAUUUGGACUAGUUUAGUACUGAAA